CUGCGCCUGGUCCCACCCUCCCACCGGCCGCCUCCCUGGCAGGCGGGAGGGGACAGACGGAGUUAAGCGGAGGCACACAACCUCCGCCUCUUUCGGCAGCGCCACCGCGCACUCGCUCGCCGCGGUAGCAUCGACGGCGGCUCCCCCCCUCCCGCGCAGUCCCGCGCAGCCGCGCGCACCAUGGCCCCUGCAGCCCCCCGCGGCCCGCGCCUCUUCCUCGGCCUCCUGGUAUUGAGUUUGUGCUGUGAAGCUUGCAAGAAAGCAAUUUUUCACAUUCCAUCUGUACUAGAGGCUGGCACGUUAGUUGGCAGAGUUAAUUUGAAAGAAUGCCUUCGGUCUGCAGAAAUGAUCCGUUCCAGUGAUCCAGUCUUCAAAAUUCUAGAAGAUGGUUCCGUGUAUACAACAUCUGUUGUUUCUUUGUCUUCUGAGAAAAAGACUUUUACCAUAUUACUUAAAGACAUUCAGGAACACAUAGAAAAGAAAAUACAUGUUAACUUGGUGACAGAUGAAGAAAAGAUCCAGAUACAGAAGACAAGGCAUGCUAGAGAUACGGUUCUCAAGCGAACCAAAAGAAGGUGGGGUCCUAUUCCAUCUGUUAUGAUAGAAAACUCACUCGGACCUUUUCCGCUACAAAUCCAGCAGGUCCAAUCAGACACAGCUCAGAAUUACACCAUUUAUUAUUCUGCAAGUGGACCGGGAAUUGAUCAAGAUCCAAAGGGUUUGUUUUACAUAGAAAGAGAAACUGGAAAUAUCUUUGCUACUCGUGCAGUAGACCGUGAACAGUAUCCAAGUUUUCAGAUCAUUUGCUUUGCAAGCACUCCUGAUGGUUAUUCACCAGAGGUACCACUUGUGCAUACUAUCAGGAUAGAGGAUGAUAAUGAUAAUGCUCCAUAUUUUACUCAGGAUCUUUUUGAGUUUUGUGUCCCUGAAAAUUCCAAACCUGGUAUAAUGGUUGGAAAAAUGAUUGCAGAGGACAGAGAUGAACCUUUUACUCUACAUACUACAUUGAAAUACCGCAUUGUGUCACAAACUCCACCAGUAACCCCAGUAUUUGGUAUACAUAGUGACACAGGUGUCAUUAGUGUAUUAUCACCACAGCUGGACAGAGAGCUGGUAUCCAAAUAUACUUUAUUAAUUGAAGCAAGAGAUAUGGCAGGGCAGCCUUUUGGUCUGUGUACCACGGGAACAGCUGUCAUUACAAUUGAAGAUACAAAUGACAAUGCACCAUCUUUUAAACACAUGCAAUAUGAAGCACGGGUGGAAGAAAACAGAGUGGAUGUAGAAAUACUGAGAGUUUCUGUUAAUGAUCUUGAUGAAUUUGAUUCACCUGGCUCAAAAGCUGUUUUUGAAAUUAUAAGAGGAAAUGAUGAUCGCUCCUUUGAAAUUACAACAGACCGGAGCACAAAUGAAGGAAUUCUGUGUGUUGUUAAGGGACUGGAUUAUGAAAGCUCCAAGCAAAGAAUCCUUGUGAUUUCUGUCAACAACGAGGCCCCUUACGUGUUAGCACCACAUUCAAGACAACUUGCCCAGAGCACCAGUACUGUUGUGGUGCAUGUCAUAGAUGUUGAUGAGGGACCUGUAUUCAAACCUUGUUUUCUCAGCCUGGAGGUUAAAGAAUGUGAGCAGAUGGGGACACUUAUUGGGCGUUAUUUAGCAGAAGAUCCAGAAACCGGAAAUAGUGAAGGCAUAUGCUACCGGAUAGCACCUGGCCAAUGUAAUUGGAUUAGCAUAGGUGAAAAAACAGGAGAAAUCAGAACUAGUAAAGUCUUGGACCGAGAUGUGGGAGAUAUGAGACGAGGUCGAUGCAAUAUUACAGUCCUUGCAAUAGACAGAAAUGGCAAAACAGGCACUGGAACUAUUCAGGUUAUCAUCAAGCCUGGGAACAAGAAUUACCCACGCAUCGCUAAAACAGAGUAUAUAAUGUGCAGAGACAGAAAGCCGAUCUGCCUCACUGCGCAGGAUGCUGAUGAGUCUCCUUUCAGCAUGCCUUUUGUAUAUCGUGUGGCUGACCGUGGCUUGUCUGCCUCAUGGAAGGUAACCCGACAUAAUGAUAAAUCAGCAUAUCUUGCACCAAGAGGUGAAAUUCCAUUUGGAAAGUACACUAUUCCUGUAAGUGUGUCUGAUAAUGGAGGAAAGCAAGGAGUCACGUCUGUAACAGUUAAUUACUGUGAUUGUGAUACUCCAAGUGAUUGCAACGAAGAGAUCCCCCGUGUGAUUCCAAGAGCUAGCUCAAAUGUUACUCUUGGGGUGUGGGCCAUCCUUGCAAUGAUCUUAGGAUCACUGUUACUGCUGUUAAUCUUGAUUACAAUUUGUGGCUGUUCUGGCUCUGGGGUAAUGCGCAGACAAGUCACCGAUGAUUGUGCCAAUCACAAUUUAAUCAUUUCAAAUACGGAAGCUCCAGGAGAAGAAGUGAUGGAUCACAAUAUAAUUCCUUUACAAAGUACAAAUGAUCAAGGAGGAUAUGGAAUAAAAACAGGCGAUCAACAAACAUUUGAAAUGGUAAAAGGAAAAGGGCAUACUCUGGAAUCCAUCAAGGGAGGUGGACAUCAGACUCUGGGAUCAGUCAAAGAAGGAGGAGGACAGCCUAUGGUGGAUACGUGUAGAUAUUCAUACUCAGAAUGGCAUAAUUUCACACAUCCUCGCUUAGGUGAAAAGGUGCACCUAUGCAGACAGGAUGAAGAACAGAAACAUUCUGAAGAUUAUCUCCUUUCAUAUAACUAUGAAGGAAAAGGAUCCUUGGCUGGUUCUGUAGGCUGCUGCAGUGACCAGCAUGAAGAAGAGGCACUUGACUUCUUAGAUCAGCUGGAACCCAAGUUUAGGACAUUAGCAGAAACAUGUGUAAAAAGAUAAAUGUGCCUUUCACAGUGCUGAAAAAAACCUGUAAAUAAGUGGCUGUCAUACUUUUGUGAUAUUAGAUAUUUUGGAGUUGAACGCAACAGAUUCUUCCAUUGUGUUCUUUCUGGGGGAGAGGUUUAUCAGGAUUAAUUUAGAGUUGUGAGAGUCUAAGUAACUCUUCCUUUAAAUUUACGGUAGAUUUUUUUCUCUCUGCUAGACACAUUCCAUCAAAAAUGAGGGAGUCAAAACUUUUUUUUUCUUCAAACUGUGUUAAUAUAGUAAUGCUAGUUUCUACUUAGAUUACAUUUCCUGUUCUUUGUGAUUACUUAAAAUACAAAACUAAGUUUUUUCCUUUUAACUAAUUAUCCAGCUUGAAAAUUUUAUUGUAUUUGGCUUUGGAGAAGGAAAGCUUUUUUUACUCACUGUCUCUUUGUUUUCUUUUUAUUCUGUGGAAAUAAAACCAAAAAUAUUACUGGUGGAUAUGAAAUACCUUGUUAAUUUCUAACAUAUAUGAACUGAGAUACAAAACAGCUUUUCAUUUUUCACAUAAAAUAAAAGAUACGACUGCAUUAUAAAACUUUA